ACUCUUCAAAUAUUUACCAAAGCUUUGCUUUAGAUUCCAGUGAUAUCCGUCUCUUGGGCGUAUUAAACUUUAUAUUAAUCUAAUACUGUAAUCAACUCAGUGCUAUAGUGACGCAAUUUUAGCCAGGAUUAAGAGGCAGGUUGCGUACAUUCAGACGCAAAGUAUGAACUGAUCAGCUGUCUAUGGUGACUAUACAGGCUGACCCUUCCAUCAGCUGAUUUCAGAUGCACUGAGAAUAUAGUCAGCCAGCACAUUAUCCCUGAAACUGUCCUACAACGCCCCCACCAUGGGUCGGAAAAAAAUACAAAUUUCGCGGAUUACGGACGAAAGAAACCGACAGGUUACGUUUAACAAGCGUAAGUUUGGUGUGAUGAAGAAAGCGUACGAGCUUAGCGUACUCUGUGAUUGUGAGAUUGCGCUCAUCAUCUUCUCCUCCUCCAACAAACUCUACCAGUACGCCAGCACAGACAUGGACAAGGUAGUACCGUGCAUCAGCAGAAUACAGGAGGCGUUAAGUAAGAAGGAUAAGAUAGGUCUGGGUAGCCCCGGAGGAGAUGAUAGCGACGGAGACGGCGACUACAGUUUGACUCCGAGAACGGAGGCCAAGUACAACAAGAUCGACGAGGAGUUCCACCUUAUGAUGCAGAGGAACCAGAUCAACAGUGCCAGGAGCGGCGGAGGCCAACCGUCAGGGUUUAGUAUGCCGGUCAGUGUACCAGUCAACUGUGGCGGAUAUGAAGGCGGAGAUUCUAUGCUCCAGGGCUCCUCUAGACCAGGCUCCGCCAUGCUUGAGAUCUCCGGGAACUCAUAUCCGUCCUCUAGUUCUCCAAACCCUCAGAUAUCUCCGAAGCGACGAGGGCCGUCUCCUCCUCGUUCAAACCUCAGGGUUGUCAUCCCAUCCUCUCAACCCAGAUCAGAGCCGGAGAUAAGCGUGAAUGGAAUUCCAGCCGGUAACUACUCCUCCGGGCUCCAGUCCUAUCAGGGACCCGGAGAAUUCUCCGAUAUAUCCCUCAACCUUCAUCAAUGGAACCACACAAACCAGCAUCAGCUCCCGCUCUCCCCUGCUCACCACAGCCCAAAGGUUAAAUCAGAACCCAUGUCGCCCAGAAUGAAUGGAUCCGGACAUAAUGAAGGAUUUUCUAGAUCUGGAGAUAGUAAUCAUCUUUCCCCAGGAAAUAUAUCAGGUGACUCUUUGACCGUUCGAUCUCCGGGACGAGGAGUAUCUCCUGCUCCUCCCCAGAUACAUAUUCACCAGGUUCAGCAUGGAUCAGACUACGAGGGGAGCCCGAUCCAGAAGAGGAUGAGACUCUCCGAGAAUUGGAACAGCUAGCGGUCCGCCCCCGCCUGGCAGGAGGCGGGGAAUCAACAACAGACUGGGGAGCCCUGCCACACCCUCUCACCUGUCCUUCUGCCCCGCCCACACUCCGCCCAACCAACCCUAUUCUCAAAUCAUCUCAAUCUCGGGAUACAGUACCAGUCGGAGACUAGAAGAAGUUCCAUGUCAGGUCCUUGUGAAAAUGUUUGUGCUUCGUUUGCGAGUCAGUUUCAAUCUUCAAACCAGAACCAGUCAUCAUUCCCCAACCUUCAACCCUCACAGAACCAGCACACCUCGUCCCCCAACCUUCACUCCUCCUCCUCCAACUCUGGGACCCACUCCCAGCAGAUCUCCGCCAACCAUGAGAACUCAACCUACCAACUCAAUCAACACCAGUCGUUCGGCCAACAACCCCAACACCACAACUCCUCACCACACAUCUCCGGUGGAUCCUCUCACCCCUCACGACAACAGUUUGCUCCUGAGCAAGGGCAGGAGAUGGAGGAGGGAGGAGAGGUUUGGCAGGAUAUAGUUAGACAGCUUGCAGUAUCCUAGGUCUACCCAGAGAUCUAUAUACUUUAACACAAACCUAGAUAACACAUCUGAAAGUUCAAAUCCUUAAAAUUAAUCUUUUGAAUCUUGAAUUAGAAACAUAAAGGUCUGAUCGACGA